ACGAGUAAGGUACUGGUAUUUAGUUUUAGUCUGCUGCUGCUGAGAGUGCUGCAAGCAGUCUCGUAACGAAAAAAAAAACGCGCAACCACAUUAUAUAUAAGGUGCAUUACCUAAGUUUACAACUUUAAACGUUUCGUUUACGUCCGCAAACGCGCAUCGGGUUUUUCAAUACUUUUUUAAUUUUUUUAGUAAUUUUUUUUUUUAAAUUUUUAUUGAAACAGUUGUUAAUCGAUAUCCUUUAAACACAUUUUUAAUCAAAAAACACCUAAAAAAUAAACUAACUAAAGUAACUAAACGUUUUAAAAUGCACAAUUUUAUAGGAAGCAAAUUUAAGGCCAACUGUAGACAAUUAUUCGCAGCAAUUUCAGUGAAUCUCGUCACGUUUUCGUUUGGAGUCUACACGGGAUGGUCAUCGACGGUUGCGCCUAUGCUUAAAGAUCCAAAGCAGACUCCGCUCGACCAUGUGAUAACGGACAACUCGAUUUCUUGGGCUUGCAGCUGGGGUAUGCUCAGUGCUAUACUGGGCACGUUCUUCUGGGGAAUGUUAGCGGACAACUUCGGCCGGAAGACCACAGGUUUCCUGACCAUGUUACCGUACCUGAUCAGCUGGAUCAUCCUGUUGGUGGUCAAAACGGAGACGGCGCUGAUGGUGUCCCGGUUCCUGGGUGGCCUGGGAGCCAGUGGGGCGGCGAUAAACUGCCCAAUGUACGUUGGUGAAGUGAGCGACGAAGCCAUGAAAGCCGGGCUAGGUUCGCUGUUUAUACUCAUGUACAACAUCGGCGUGCUGUACGUCUACGUGUUCGGCGUGCUGGUCAACUACACCUAUUUGAACGUAGCCUGUCUUGCCAUCAGCUUGCUAUUCAUGGUGGUGUGGUUCUACGUGCCCGAGUCGCCGAUAUUCCUCAUUCAAAAGAAGCGGAUGGACGAGGCGAGGCGGUCGCUCAUGUGGUUCCGGGGCAAGGACAACGACAAAGAGGUGAGCGAGGAGAUGGACUCGAUGAUGCGGCACAGUGACCAGACGGACAAGGCCAAGCUGUCCGAUUACAAGAAACGCGGCACGGUUAAGGCGCUGCUCAUCGGCCUGGUAUUCCAAGCGGGCACGCAGUUCAGCGGCAUAAACAUCAUACUCAUGUACACGGUGGAGAUAUUCAAGAGCAGCGGUAGCAAGAUGUCCCCACACUCGUGUACCAUACUGGUGGGCGUGGUGCAAGUCAUUGGGUCCGCGGUUGCGACGUUUAUAGUGCACAGGGCCGGUCGGAAGUUCUUCCUCAUGGUCACGUACGGGGUCACCGCCCUGGCACUGAUCACUAUCGGGACGUGUUUCUACAUCAACAAAGUGGACCCGUCCAUCAACACCGGCAUACUGCCCGUGUUCAGCCUGUCGGUGCACGUGAUCGCGUUCUCGCUGGGCCUGGGCAUGGUGCCGUACAUCAUCUACACCGAGGUAUUCCCGGCCAACGUGCGCAAUAUAUGCAUGUCCAUGCUGAUGUUCUUCAAUAACGUGCUGGGCUUCGCCAUCAUCAAGGCGUACCCGUCCAUGUCGAACACGUUGCACACGUCCGGCUACUUCUGGAUGUUCGGCGCCGUGUGCCUGGCUGUCGUGCCCUACACCUACUUGUUCGUGCCUGAGACCAAGGACAAGUCGUACGACGAGAUCCGCCGUGAGCUGCUGGUGUGGUUCCCGGACAGGAAGCACAAGGACAAGGCGGCGGCGAUGGACAAGGAGGCCACCGGGGACCAGGCGGACGUUGGCGUAGAUAACAGCGUGGUCGUGGUAGAGGCCACCGAAAUGAGAGUCUGCAUGGGCAGGGACCAGAAUUGCUUCACGACACCCCAACGCGCACGCGACAACGUCGAAUAAUAACAGACACAUGGGUUUAAACGUUCCUGUGCGUGUACACUGCUGCGGCACGUAUACACGAGUAAAGGCCACUACUAUAUUAUUAUCAUUAUUAUUAUUAUAAUUAUUAUGUAGUGUCUAAUAUCUGUGAAUAUAACUGAUUUACGUGAGGAGAGAAGAGGGAGAGAGAAAAUGUAAAAAAAAAUCGAGUAGAAAAAACUACCUUUUUUUUUAUUUUUUUGUAUUUUUACGCCACAAAGUUUG